GUUGCCACAAAUGACCUUCUCCUGGAUUAAUGUUUCCUUGAACAAUCAUGUCCAAUCUACAUGAACGUUUAUCUUUCUCUGAAUAUAUUUACAGAAUUAAACUUAAAAAUAUCCUUAAUGAAAAAACAAACCAAGAUAAUAUUAAUUAUGCAAAGGAUUUAACAUUGAAUUCAUCAAUCCUAUAUUCUCAGUUGGAUAAUUUUGAGUCGAUCACAUUUUCAGUGGAUAAACAAAAUUAUGUUAAAAAGAAUUGUGAUGAUGAUGAUUAUGACGAUGAUCACAAUAAUCAUGUUAUCAUCAACAUUGAUUCUUUAAAAUGUAUCAAUCAAUGUUUAUUAACAACGAAUCAAAGUAAAUAUCAAUUACCUACUGGGAUCAAAUGUAGAGGUAAAGUGUAA